AUGACGAGCUUAGAGACACGAGGCAAAAACGGGCACAGUCCAGUCGAAAAUCAUUGCCCUGCGUGUUCGUAUGUCGCAUUGAACGUGAAAGAUCUUGAAAAUCACCAAAGACUGCAUCAUUUGAAAAGAAAAUUCUUUCGAUGCGCAAAAUGCGAUUACGUGACCCACAUCAGAGCGCGUUAUACUAAGCAUGUUAAAUAUCAUUCUAUGCCGAUGAUCAAGUGCGAUGCUUGUGAUUUUAGUUCAGCGUAUAAGUGGAAUCUAGAAAGACACAUGCGGAAUCAUGGAGGUGGAGGUGCUUUCAAAUGUCGUGCAUGUAAUUUUACUGCUGAUAUCCGUCAGAGCUUAACGGUGCAUGAGUCGUAUCAUCAUGACCCACCUGUGGGUCAGGUCAACCGCAAAAGUAAUAACGCUUUCGAACGUAAGCCACGAAAUAGUCCAAAACGUUACAAUCAGGUUGGAGCCAGUGAUUUUCGAGAAGCAUUAAGUAAAACCGGAAGCACAACCACGUCGGCUGGUUCUACUGAUUCCUUUGUAUCAGAUCACUCAUUAAUUUCGAUAGACGAUAAGAAAAGCGCCCUGGCUAACGCGGAGUGUAUUGCAUUAAAAUGCGAGGAAAAAGGUUGCCAAUUUAUAACAGCCUGGGACUCCGAGAUGCAGCGUCACUUAGCGGAAUCCCAUUCUUCGGUUGUUCCUUCGAAGCCGAGAAAACCACUGCCAAUGUUAAUUCCACUAAGCCUAGCGAGUACACCAAAGUCCAAUAAUACGUUCAGUGGUAUGAGCAAUGGACCACCUACGACUCUAUUGAAGGUUCCGCGUGUCAGAGUAAGACCUGAGCUGGCGCAAAUUGCAAGAGAUACAGAAUUAGCUAAAAUGUAUGGGAAUAAAGAGGCUGCGAAUUCGAAGAGGAAUCUCAAUACCGCGGCUGGAAUAUUUGAGAGAAAGAAUGCCUCCUUUUUCGAUAAAUUGAAAGAGAAACUAACAACGACAGCGACGUCGAUUAAUAACGGCGUGCCGGAGGUAGCCGUAAGUAGUGAGAACGACUUGAAAUGCUGGUGUACGUUUAAAGCUAGUAGCAUGGAAGAGCUGGCCUGCCACAAACAGACACACCACACUGCGCUCAGCGUGUCCAUGGGUACGACUCGUUGCCCUAAGUGUAGAAGACGUUGCAAGAGUACGACUGAUCUUCAAAUGCAUAUGCAAUCCUGCCAUUCGCGCAACGACACAACGUCGUCCAUCAGUAGUAGUUUAGAGAAAGUAACAAAUCGUUCGGAUAUCCGCAUGACUUCGUACCGUGACGAAUACUCUCCGUUUUCAUCGCAAACGGAUUGGGAUGCGAAUCUCAGAGGACUAAAUUCUUCUGGAUCUUCGUUUGAAGGUGGUUCGACACAUCCGAGCGGGCGACGGGUAUUCAAAUGUCCCCAUUGUCCAUUUUGGGCUUCCACCGCAAGUCGCUUUCACGUACAUAUAGUCGGUCAUUUAAACCGGAAGCCGUUCGAGUGUUCAAUGUGCGCGUAUCGUUCUAACUGGCGAUGGGACAUCACAAAACAUAUUAAGCUUAAAGCGGCUAAAGACGCAGUGCAUACGAGCGCCAGAGUGCUCAUGACGGAUGAGACAGGUCGACGGAAUUAUUCCAAAUAUAACAAAUAUCUCGCACAGGUAGAACAUCAAUCGUGGGAUGAAGAUCGUAUGGAGCAACGUAGCAUAGAAGAAACGAACUCUGAAGAAUUGUCGACAAAAUUGUUGAUUGUAGGCAAUAAGGAGUAUACUUCAGCAACUGGUCCAACGUCACAAUCUCCCGUUACAAUUUUACCAUCGAACGAGGCAAAUCAAAAUAAUCAUAAUGUGGACGUGAGUCUGCGACCUCCACCGCCGCUCAAAGCAGCGAUUAGAAGUCGUGGACAAUCUUUAUUGAAGAAUAGUCCUAUCACGAUGCACAUACAAACUCCUAGCGGCGGUGGUGCGGUUUCUAUAUCUCCGAUAUCUUCUAUAUCCGCGAUAGAUGAGAAACGCACUCAGUGGAAAUGUAAACGUUGCAAUUACCGAGAUUUCAACAAAGAUAAUGUACUAUUGCAUGUUAAAUCUCACUAUGAAUCUGUUGAUCAAGAGUCUAUUGAAGAAAGGAAUCCAUUUGGUUGUGAGGACUGUCCGUUUUCAGCAUCGGAUGCUGCUACUCUGUCCCUUCACAGGAUGAACCAUCGGCCGAAUUUAGAAGCUAUAUUUAAAUGCUAUCUUUGUCCAUACUACGUUAGUACAAAGGCAGAACUGUUGGAUCACGCUAGACUUCAUGGGGAAGAGCUAGCAGCUAUGCAUCAGCAGAAUAUGGAAUGUUCGUCACCAAAUUCCAAGAGUAAAUUACAACAAGUGUCAAUUUCUGAAGGAAGUGGUUCUCGAGCAAAGGAUGAAUCAUCUAUAGAACAAGUAAUUCAGAUAACAUCGCGUAACAACGCAACGAUGGCUUCAAAGACUCAACCACCACCACCACCACCACCACCACCGUCACUUCUUCUGGAUACCCGGGCUCUUCCGGACGCUCCACUGGUUUGGGUAUCGCGGUUAGAUGGUACCUUGACGAAAAUGCUCAAGUGUCGUCAUUGUCCCUAUAUCUCGUCACGACGUGCCGAAGUGCGCGAUCACGAGACGAUGCACGUUGACGUUCCAACUCAGGGCCCCCUAAUCGCCUGUACAGACUGUAGCUUUACUUGUUCGCGUCGAGAAGUUAUGAUUGCGCACACAGAAAUGCACGCGGGAUCUCUGGGUACUGUUCACUGUCUUGUGGAUGAAACGCGACCUGACUCUCAACAGGUGAGCGACCUAGCUACCCUGCUUGGUAUGACACACACUCCGGUACUAGGCACCGAGCCCGAUCUUCGAGACUCACGUUUGGUACACUGCUGUGACAAAUGCCCGGCACGGUUCCUGUGUGAAAAAGAGUUGCGCAUUCACUUGCGAUACCACACAACAGAACUGGCGUAUUCGUGCCAAUGGUGUUCAUAUGCAGCACGGCAACCAUCCCAUCUGCUAGCUCAUCAGAAGGCACAUUCGACAGAGUAUCAAGAACGCACCAAGUAUCUGUUGUCUUUAUAUGGUCACUCGCAACGUUACCCACCGCCUGCUACAGCGUGCGUCGAAACAGAGAAUCGGGAGAGCAAUGACAACACAUCAAAUGUUGCAUGGAUCGUUGUUGAAAUCAAUGAGAAUUCAAACAAUUCUUAUAACAAUGUUAAUAAUGCCUCUUCAACUGUUCAAAGAACUGGGAAUCAAGUGUUUACAUGCGCUAAGUGUCCAGCACGAUAUUUCAAACUCGAUGCCCUAGAGUAUCACAUGACGCUGCAUGGCUCAAAUAACCGAUUCAAAUGUAACGAUUGUGACUACUCGUCGAAAACAGCACAAAAUCUGUUAAAGCAUCAGGUUGUUCAUCGACGGCACGGUGAAACUGGUGAAGCGGUUGCGGAAUCAUCUACAGCCGCUGCCGCUUCCGCUGCUGACCGCACCUUAACAUCCUCCCCGGGAUCACCAAUUCAGUCGCCACCUGAUCCACAAUUCGGUAUCUUUAUGCGCGGCAAUCCAAAUUUUGUUUAUCCAGGUUACUUACGGAAUGGUCGUCUAAAGGAAAAACGUUACAAGUGCCACAAAUGUCCGUCCGCUUUCGAAAAGCGUGAACAAUAUAGAGUUCAUCUGACUUUGCACGGCGCCAAACAGCGCUAUCGUUGCGAUACGUGCGACUAUUCGGUCAAAUACUAUGCGAAUUACAUACAGCAUCUGAAGAAGCAUCAAGCGAAUGCGGAAGCUCAAGCGUCGCGGAGACAAUUCGAAGAUGAUCGGAUCUCGGUGGAUAGCGAUAGCAUCGCCGAUAUAUCCGCAUCAGUUUCGUCACGUAAAUCGUCGCGAUCAUCCGCUGCUGUUGGUAGCGCGCUCGCGAUGUUGCCUGCCGCUAACGCGUCCAACGUUAAUAACAACGCUACCUUACAGACAUCCAAUCAGGAUAAGCAAAGCGUGUUGUUGAUGCAAAAGAAAGGCAUUAUUCCAUCAACGGGUGAAACCGAUGCGGAGACGAUCCGUUGUCAAAGUUGUCCGUUCUCCACCACCGACAAGGAUGUCAUGGACGCACAUAAACGUCGCCAUGGCAUCGAGCGUAUGACUCCGCCAUGCCCUCAUUGUGACUACAUUCCGCGAAAAGAUGAGAACAUUGGUGAGCAUGUUAGACUCCAUUUCACGAGAUUAUACAAGCCCGAAUCCUAUCUUAUUGUCGAAUUGUUGACGUUGACGAUGGAAAAGAUACAUGUGAACAACAAGGACGAGAAGAGUGGUCAACGAUUGAAAGAAUUAUUAUUUAAAGAAUGCGCCGAUGGUAGAUUUCUGCCGCUUGCCGAAUCGAUAAAUUCUGUUUCUCUAAGUACUUCUUCGACGAUGAAGGCUGUUAAGGAAAAAGUCAUUGUAGAUCCGAACACAGGCGAGACCAAGCACCGUCUCGCGUAAACACGAAAACUUUUAUUCAGAGAUUGCGAUUGCGCAAUUAUUUAUAUCCGCAAUCCGUGUUUAUACGUCUUUUUCUAUGUAAGAAACUGAUCCAAGAUUGACGGACAAAUUUAGCUGACCUCGCAUAUGAUGCUAAUUAUUAUCUUAUAUAGAUUAAAACACUGUAAAAAUUGACGGUCUUGUUUCCGAUUGUAGUUAUAAGUAUAUCAAUUUAUCUCGUUUCUAAAAAAUACAUAUAAAUAUAUAGGUUUGUUCUUCGAUGAUAAUACAUGCAGCGCUUCAUUCAAGCAUAUUCGUUUCUCAUUUUUUUUUUGUAUUUUAAUAAUAUAUUAGUUAAUACAGUGAAUUCAGAACAUUGAAA